UUAAGCUAGCUACCGACGUCCCAUCCUAUAGAUCAGUCUCUCUCUCUCUCUCUCUCUCUCUCUCUCGGAAAGCUAAAGAUCUAACCUAAAGCUCAUUUUCUCUCAAAGAACAGAGAAUCUUAGUCCCAUCUCUCACAAAGUCCUCUUUCUCCUCCUUUCUUCUUUCUCUUCUUCCGGCCUCUGUAUAUCAUCUUCCAUGUCAAAUGAAAAGAAAAUCCCUUACCUGCAGUAUGACCCUUUUGAUUACAAUCCCCACGAAAUCGACAGGUCAAGCUUUCCAGUCUUCAAUUAUGGCUCUAGUUCCAUAUACAAUAUUCCUCAAACACCAGUAGCAGAACCCCAAACUCAAAACCUACAUGGUUUUGAAUCCGAUCCUUCGUAUCUAAUGAGCUUCGCCGACUGCUUAAAUGGGUCAAUGGACUACACCACCCUCUCAAAAGCCUUUGAUAUUUCAUGUUCAUCAUCUGAAGUCAUUUCUUCACCGCUGUUAGAUCAGGGGGAUCAUUUGAUCAACAAGGCUGCAGCGGCUGGUGUAGGAUAUCAAAACCCGUCCACACCGAACUCAUCCAUAUCAACUUCAUCUAAUGAAGCUGGUACGGCUCGCCAUGAGCAUGAAAAUGAUCAAGAUUCAGAUAAAAUCAGCAAGAAAGAUAAGCAACCGCAGGUAGUACAGUCUGAAGAAGCUCCAGGAGAUCAUGAAGACAAGUCAAAGCAAGUGAACAAGGCAAAAAAGAAAGAGAAAAAGCAGAGAGAACCGCGGUUUGCCUUCUUGACCAAGAGUGAAAUUGAUCACCUUGAAGAUGGUUACAGAUGGAGAAAGUACGGACAGAAGGCAGUCAAGAAUAGCCCCUAUCCUAGAAGUUAUUACAGAUGCACUACUCAGAAAUGCAAUGUAAAGAAACGUGUGGAGAGAUCGUUGCAGGAUCCGGCGAUUGUGAUCACAACAUAUGAGGGGCAGCACAACCAUCAAUGUCCAGCGACACUUCGAGGCAGUAUCAAUGCUGUUGGAAUGUUGACACCUUCCUUUUUGGCAUCAGCUGCAUCGGGAGGCUUCGGGAAUAGUAACAACGGAUCCUCAACAUUUCCACACGAAUUGAUAGCCCAGCUGCUUACUCCAGUCAAUAACAACCAAUUUCAACUGCAAGCUCAUCAUCAUGAUCCAGCAAGUUCCAUGUUAUACUCAAAUCUCAUGAGUACUCUUCAUCAAAAUCAACAGCAGCACCAGCUACAUGUUCCUCAUGACUAUACUUGGUUGCAGGACUUAGCUCCCUCAUUUAGUCAGAAGAAAGACCCAUGAAGGAGGAGCAAUUUAAAUACAUAUAUAGCAGCACUGAAAUGACUGAAUGUAUUAAGUAUGUAUUCGGGCCAUCAGUACUCUAGCUCUUAGUUUGCGCUGUAAUUAAUACUA